AGAGACAGACAGGCAGACAGACAGACAGACAGACAGGCAGACAGGCAAGGCAGGCAGACAGAGAGACAGACAGGCAGACAGACAGACAGACAGACAGGCAGGCAGGCAGGCAGGCAGAUGGAGCUGAACAUGUGUUCUGUGUUCCUGCUUCUGAUUGGCUGGUUCUCUCUGCAGAGAGUCGGCUGCCGUCUGCCAGACGUCAUUCCUCAGUCUCACUGGCUGCAGGUUGGAGUUUCUGAGUCACAUGACUUCACGUCUCUGCAGAAGAAGAACGAGUCACAUGACUUCACGUCUCUGCAGAAGAAGAACGUCCGGCGUCUUCCUGGUUUGUGUCGACGGCUGAAGAGACGCAGACUCACCGUCCUGUGUAACAAGGAGAAGUUCUGUUGGCCGACUCAGACUCAGAGGACUCGUCCUGUCCAGGUGUGUCUCUGUCCCCGGGGCUCCAGGUGUUCACAUUUCUUUGUCCACAGUCUCUGAAACGAUCCCGUCAUUGUAAACUCAACGUGACAAAAAAUUUGUAUUUAUAUAACUUCAUU